AGGGAGGCCGCCCGACCUGCUUGCCGCGGGAAUGUUGCGGGGCUGGGAAUCAAAGCGGAGGACGGCGAUGGGCCAGCCUUGAAAAGCCUGACAGCGAACAGCAUGCGGCGCGCGCCCCCAGAGCUAAUCGUGGAUAUCGGUGGGACUCAUCGCGGCCCCGGCUUUUCUGUUUCUCCAGUU